AUGUUCGAAGUGUUCAUGAUUAUCUGGAAAGCAAAGAACCACACACCAUCUUCCAAGAAAGAAGCUAUCUUUUUCACAAUUGGGGCCGUCUGCUUUUUUUUCUCCAAUUUGUCCCUUCUUGUGACUGAUAUUCUCAAUACCUUGUCUAAACGCCGGCCAGUGUGGUAUUCUGUUGAGGACGCUCCCGACUUCUUCCCUAUCACCAUCAUAGUCACUUCUAUCUCCAUAAUUGGGAUGUACACCGGGAUUAUUCAUUGCUGUAUGCAGUGGCAUAAACUAGGCCCUCAUGGUCCAAGCAAGCCAGUCUCCACCGAAGACGAGAGCUCCCAAAUGCUUAUCGUUGCCUCUGACCAGAGGUAA